UGAAAGUACUAGUAUUUCUUUACAUAAUUGACAUUUAAACAUGUUGUGAAUAUCUAGUUUAUUUAUUGCUGAAAUUUUCCAAUUUUUUGUCACUAAGCAAGAUUAUUGUGUUCAUUGUUGCACUUUAGACCUUUUACAUUAUUUGAUAAUGAUCACAAUAACUGGAAAAUUUUGAUAAGUUUGGCUACUUUAGUAAUACGAUCAAUUUAUUAUCUAAUCAUUCGCCACUUUUAUUUACAACUUGUUUUUUUUACUCGUUUGUUCCGCGGUUCAUGCGUUUUGGUAUUGUUUAGUGUUUUUUAUUUAUUCAUUUAUUCAGCUUAAUUAAUUUUUUUGAGAUAUUUGAAAAUGACGCGAGAAUUUAUUUAUUUAAUUGGCCCAACUAAUAUUCAAAUUCUUGGCAGCAAAUUACCCUCCAUAGGUGACUGUAUGCGUGUAUUAUUUUAUAACAUGCGUUUUGCCAAAAUGACGUUGUCUGAAAGUUGUCUACUAGUAAUAGAGGAAUGUUUAAUUUUUUGGAGAAAAGCACGGAUUCCAACAAAAGAUAAAUCACACUGUGUAAAAAAGUUGAAAAAGGAAUAUGACGCUUGGAGGGCACUGGAAAAAAGUAAAAACCAUGGAAGCGAACAUCAAAAAAAUAAAGAAAAAAAUUAUAUAGAAAGUCUAAAUAAUCUUUUCGAUAUUGCUCAUCAAGAUGCACUAAAUAUAAUAAGUAUUGCAGAAGAUAGAAAAUUUUUGCUCUCACAGAGACUCCCCGGACGCCCCGGUUGUAUGCUUGGUGUAGAUAUGGUUCUUGAUGCUAAAGAAAAAAGAAAAGAAAAAAAAAUUGAAAAAGAAUUGAAUAAAAAAAGAAAACAUGAAUCAGAAGCCUUAAAGUUAUUCUCAGUUGAAACACUGUCAGAUAGGUCAGUAAGUUCGGAGGAGUUGAACAAUGAAAACCUGAUUUUAGAAGAACCUCAACCAGGUCCUUCUGGUACAAAUAGAGGCACAAUUCAGUUAAUUACACCUAGAUUAUCAGCUGCAUUAGACAAAUGCAAAAUUAGCGACCGUGAUGCCGUUCAUAUACUAUCUGCGUGCCUUGAUAGUUUAUCCAUCGAUCAAAAUAAUUACAUUUUAAAUAGAACAUCCAUUAAAAAUAUUCGGCAACAUUUUCGGAAGGAAAGCGCAGAUAAGGUAAAGUCUGAUUUUUUAAACAAAAAAGUUAAUUUUGUGGUAGUUCACUGGGAUGGUAAAUUACUACCCGAUUUGACUGGUCAAGACAAAGUAGAUCGUCUACCAGUAAUUAUAACUAGCCCUGAUUUAGAGCAGUUACUUGGUGUCCCUCAAAUACCAUCUGGAACAGGGCUAGAAAUAUCAUCUGCAGUAUAUGAUAACCUUGCAAAGUGGUCUUUAUUGGACAAAGUUCAAGCAUUUGUAUUCGAUACAACAGCAUCGAAUACUGGGCGUAUAAACGGGGCUUGUACACUUUUAGAACAAAAGUUAGAUAGGGAUAUUUUAUAUCUUGCAUGCCGCCACCAUGUUUACGAGUUGCUUCUCCAAACUGCAAUUGCUGAAACGAAACUUCAUGUAUCAUCAGGCCCAGAUAUUGCCCUAUUUAAAAGAUUUAAAAGUACUUGGAAUAAUAUUAAUACUAAGAAUAUUAGCAUUUGGAAUACAAAUAAAAAUUUGGAAAAUAUUGUAUCUCCUAAACGCGAAAACAUUUUAUUAUUUUGUCAGGAGGCGAUUUUGAAAAAACAUCCUAGAAAUGACUAUAAAGAGUUUUUAGAGCUUGUAAUUAUAAUUCUAGGAGGAUCACCACCAGGAGGUAUUAUUAUUAGGCAACCUGGGGCUUAUCAUCAAGCAAGAUGGAUGGCUAAAGGCAUUUAUUGUUUGAAAAUUUUUUUACUUCAACAAGAAUUCAAAUUAUCCAAGUCGGAAGAGACUGCAAUAUGCAGAAUAUGUGCAUUUAUUAUAAAAAUUUAUAUAAGGCCGUGGUCUAUGGCUGACCAAUCAUGUGAAGCGCCACUAAACGAUAUGCACUUAAUAAGGACUCUAUAUGAAUAUAAAAAUGAUGAUAAAAUUAUUGCAGAUUCGUGUUUAAAAAAAUUUUUAAAUCAUUUGUGGUACUUUAAUCAAGAAUGUAUUGUUUUUUCAAUAUUUGAUAAUAGAGUUUCGUUAGAAACCCGAAAUAAAAUGGCAAAAAUUAUUUUAAAUAAUUUAUCUACUUACCCAUCAGAUCAAAGCGAUUUUGGUCCAAAAAAAUAUUUUUUAAAAAUAGAUAAUGUGGAGACGUUUCUGAAACAAGAGUUUUUUACAGAUAUGCUUGAACAAAGUUCGGGAUAUUUUUUUAUAAGAUUUAAUAUCGAUACAGAAUUUUUGAAAUUAGACUCCUCGAAUUGGGAAGGUGAUAAGUAUUACCAAGAAGCGAAAAAAAUAGUUAAAUCAAUCCGUGUUGUAAAUGACACUGCUGAAAGGGGUGUGAAAUUGAUGGAGGAGUUCAAUGAUAAACUAACGAAAAAUGAAGCACAAAAACAAUUUAUACUUCAAGUCGUUCAGAAAUAUCGAAAAGUUUUUCCAGAUCACAAAAAAAAAUCGAUGACAGCAACAUUCUAAUUUAAAUGUCAAUUAUGUAAAGAAAAACUAGUACUUUCAUUGACACCUUAGUAUGCUUAUUUAUAAAAUGCAUUUUUUUAAACUUAUAUUAUAGAGUAUAUUUUAUAAUCUUUUUAUGAUUUAUUUUGUAUAUAUUAUAAUCAGUUGUCCCUGUAAACGUAAAUACUUUUAUAAUUGUUUGAUGUACCGAACUAUUCAAAUAUUUUUUUGUUUUCGUCCUGGCGAGGAAAAAAAUCAACCUACGAUAAUUUGUAAAGAUACAAUUUAUAUAGAAAAUAUUAAGGUCUAUAAUUUUUAUUCUAUACAAUUUUUCGUUUUGAGCUUUUGUUGUUGAGAUAUUAGCCGAAAACUAAAAAACCACCCUAUUCAGUGGAUUUUCAACCCUCAUUCGGCACCCGAAGGGGGUAAGUAAAUCUUACGAAACCUAAGGUCCUAUAGCUACAUGCAAUUCAAAUCCUGCAGAAUCUUUUUCAAAUAAAAUCAAUAUUCACGAACCUCAUAGUUUUUCAUAUUUCAUUAAAUGUUCAUACGAUGAAAAUUUGGAUUGCAUGGAGUUAUACCGUGGAGAAAAUUGUGCUAAGGUGUUUAUCGAUAGAUUUAGAAACGAUAUAAACCGUAUAAGUGACAUUUACUCGAAUCCCUUGCCUAUGUUAUCAUUAUUUUUAAAAGAACAACAUGAUCAUUACAUAACAACUGAGUGUCACAUUUGUUACGGUGAAUUACGGCAUCAUGAAAAGGUUUUCGAUCAUUGUCACUUAACGGGGAGAUGUCGUGGCGCAUCGCAUAGAGAUUGUAACCUAAAAUGUUCGGUUCCCUCAUUUGUCCCAGUAAUUAUGCAUAAUAUGCAGAACUAUAAAUCGCAUUUUAUUAUAUCAAAUCUAGGUUUUGGCGAUAGCGACGAGGGGAUUGAAGUUCUGGCUAAAACAAAUGAAAAAUGUAUGUCAAUUAAAAAAGUAAUAAAAAAAUAAAUAAUAAUAAAAAAUCUAAUAAUAAGCGACUGCAUUAAAAUUUAUAGAUUCGUUAAACUUUUUACUAUCUUCUCUUGAAAAAUUAGCUGAAACUUUAUCCCCUGA